AUGCCCCACGACGCAGACUUCCUCAGCCCACGCGAGAUGCUGGUCAAUGAUGGGUUUGUCUGCAAGCUUGCUUCCUUUCGCAAACUGGGAGAUCUCUGCAUCAGGAAUGAGAAACUGCCCGAUUCUGACGACAGCCUGAUGCAACAAGCUGGCUUUGAGGAUAAAGCCUAUUAUGGGGUGGCCCGGCAAGUCGCUAAUGACCUCAAUUACAACUAUACCGAGACUGUGUGCGAUACCGCCUUAAACCUUUGUUCUGCAGCGCCGGACGACUACGACAAGAUAUUUCAGGACAUGGAGGCAUUGCGACAAGACCCGGACAACGACGUUCUUCGGAAUAAGGUCCAACAAGAGAUCAACGAUCGAAAGAACCAAAUCGACAUACUUAAAGACCAGGCGGACGCCUGGAGCUCGAACCUGAGAGCUUACAGCCUGGAUGCGGAGGCAUGUGAGACCAAUGUGCAUGAACUAGCUGCCCCUUUGCAGGGAACGACCUUGGCCGACAUUUUGAAAGAUGAGAUCUCCGAUCCCGAGGACCUCCAAAUGGAUCUUGAUGCUUUGGAUUGGACUAGGGUAAGUUUAGAUCUCGACAGUGGCUGGCUGUCUGUGUGCUUAUAA